AUUUAUUUUAUUUUUUCUCUAGUUUUAAAAGUUUUUACCAAAUGUAUAAAUACUGAGAAGACGUCCACUGAGAGUAAAGGAGACUUGUCAGUCGGAAAAAUGGAGAUUUUAACGAGUAUCAUCUCGACUUUCUUUUUAUUUCUUUUCACACACGAAUGUAACGGCAAGUACAUAAUGCCCUGGACGUACUGCUGCGGUUUCAACGGUAAAGAUCACCUCCUAUGUAAAUACGGUUGGAACCGGCCGAAGCCGAAUUGUGUCAACUUCAAAAAGCACAUGACCCGGAAGGAAAAUAUGAAAAUAGUCGGCAUAAUCAACCAGUUCAGAGACAGAGCCGCUGAGGGCAAACUGACGAAUUUUCCUAAUGCCUCCAAGAUGUACAGGAUCAAGGGCAACAUCGAACUCCGCCUCCUGGCCGAAGCGGUGAGCUUUCACUGCAACUUGUCAGCGAAUUUCAACGAUUUCCAAUUGUACAGCAUCUAUUUUAACACUUCUUGGAUCUAUUUGGAUUCGAAGAUGAGUAUCGGAUCCCGUACGCCGAAGCCGUCCGAAAUGCUGAACGAGAUGAUCAAAAACGUCUCGUUGAAUUUGCAUACAAUAAAAGCUCUUAACAAAAACGGCUACAAGACCAUGCAGAGGUACCCCGUCCUCGGCUUCCUCUGGGAUUUCUUCUUGUAUAUCGGAUGUACUUCCACUUCCUUCCAGGGCAACGAUCACAAGUAUUUCACCCUUAUAUGCGUUUUGGGGCCGAAAGUAGGCGAUAUGGACCAGGAUAUCCCGUACGCCACCGGCAAACCUCGCUCCGGCUGCGACCCGAGUGUCUCGACCUUCCUAGACAAGAGGUACCCACACCUGUGCUCGUCAGCUCUGCGUUCCUCGCGUUUCUGUCUUUGGCAUUUUUUGCCAUUUUUGAUCUUAGAGUUGUUUUAUGUUUUUAACUCGCUUUCUCAUUUUUUCUUAUUCUCCGCUGAAAACAAUAUGUACAGUUAACACACAAAUUUUAACAGAUGUUUUAUUAUCUGGUUACUCGAGGCCGCAUUUUGUUACCGGAAUACAAUUUCUAAUUAACCAAAUAUAGUU